AGAAAGCGAAAUUCUUGACGAUAUUAUUAUGGAAUCUAAAGAAUGGCUUUACCGUGAACAAACCGAAACUAUUGGAUAUUAUCCGGUGCUUUCUGAAAAAUUAAAAGAAAUCAAAGAAAAAGAUAACGAAACUAAACUUCACGGGAUAAAGGAGUUCCAACAAUUAGUUCAAGAAAGAGAAUUUAAAAGAAAAAGUAUUGCUGACAGAUAUCUGCAAAAUUAUCUUAAUUUAUUGCAAAAGCAUAAUUCUGAGACCUAA